AUGAGGACUGCACUUGUCGUCCUUGCCACGUUGGUGAUCGUUCACGCCUCGCUUUUUGGAAAGAAGAAGGAAGACUACUGCAAGGACAACGAGCCAGAAUUCUGCAAGGAAAAGGUCCCGAAAGGAUUUUGUACAUCACAGUUCCACACACCGGAACAAAUCAAGGCGAAAUGCAUGAAAUCGUGUGAGUUGUGCUGUGGGGACAGAGAUCCUGAAGAAUGCCAGAAGAAGAAGGCGGAGAUCGAAGAUUUUUGCGAGUCGAAAUUCAUAGAAGAAAAGAAGCUCAAGGCAAUGUGUGGCGCUACAUGUAACCUGUGCAACGAAAAACCGAAGGGACCUUAUGAUGAUUACGCCAUUCCGGUGUCGGAGCGCCAACCCUGGGUUUAG